AACUUUAUCACCACUUUCUAAUUUAUCAGCCUGGCUUAUAUUUCAAUCUACUGAUAUUGAUACAGGCAGGACCAAUAGUAAUAAUGAAAACUCUGAUAAUCCUGCUAACUUCUCUGAUAAUAAUAAUUGUGAUCUUGAUAAAGAAUACAAACCUAUUGCUAGACCUAAAAAGCAAAAAGAAGUUGGUGAAGAAGGAGCCAAAGUUGAUAAAGAAAAGCAAAAAGAAGUUGGCAAAGAAGAAGCCGAAGUUGAUAAAAAAAAGCAAAAGGAUGUUGGUGAAGAAGGAGCCCAAACUGAUAAAGGAAAGCAAAAGGAAAUUGUUGAAGAAGUAACUUCUAGAGUUUCUAGUCAUCAAGAGUUCAAUAUCAGUGCAUCUGAUAUUAACUAUCAAGAUCCUAAUAUUGAUGAUAUUAAAAUUAUAAAGACUCUUACAAAUACUGAAAUCUUUCUACAAUGUUUAUUAGAACAAGAAGAACCAGAAGAUCAGGAGAAGGAAAGUGAAGACAACUAA